AUUAUACAGUAUGUUUCUUGUUGUGGAACACUGUAUAGCCUAUAGCUCAAAAACACUGUUAAUGAAAAGGUUGCUUGUGAAGUCGAACAAGGGGAUCAGAGGGAUACAGGCCUAUCAGGGUACAAUGAGACAUGCAAAGAGAGAUGGGGUGAUUUUAAACCUCAGCUUUAACUGUAACGUUAACCACACUUCCAACCUUAUGCCUAACCCUAACCUUAAAUUAAGAUCAAAAAGCAAAUGAAUUUUUACGAUAUAGUUUUUGUGGCUGUGGUAACCAUUGGUGGUAACUAGUGACAACCGUUAUGGGCAGAGGCUCUGUUUCCGGGCGUGAUUACGUCACACAACCACCGUGAAGAUUCUAGUUAGUUUAGCCAACUCAACACUUACCACCCGGCGACUCCCGGACCCAAACCCGGAUAAGAAGUGGGCCAACAAUUCACUCGGUUAAGCGUGAGGUGUGUGUGACACUAAGAACUUCAGAGAUUCAGCACUGAAACACUGUUAACUGAGACCUGUGGCAAUGGAAUCUCUACCGCCAGCAAAAUCACGACACGGUUGUCAAGUUCAGAAUCAGCAGAUGCCUUGGAGCAGAAUGUUGCUGGGAUCACUGAUUGUCUUCAGUUGUCUGGUAGCUUCUGUGUCCUCUGAUGAGGAUUACUAUAAGUUAUUGAAGGUGUCCAGAGAAGCCACAACCAGAGAGAUACGACAAGCCUUCAAAAAGCUAGCUCUGAUCAUGCACCCGGAUAAAAACCCACAUGAUGAAACUGCCCAUGACAAGUUCCUGAAGGUAACCCGAGCCUAUGAAGUUCUGAAGGAUGACGAUCUGAGGAAGAAGUAUGACAAGUAUGGAGAGAAGGGUCUGCAGGAUGAGCAGCAGGGAGGAGGACGAUAUGAGAGCUGGAACUACUAUAGAAAUGAAUUUGGUAUCUACGAUGAUGACCUAGAGAUUGUCACUUUAGAUAGGGGAGACUUCGAUGCAGCAGUGAACUCCGGGGAACUCUGGUUUGUCAACUUCUACUUCCCUCGUUGCCAUCAUUGUCACGAGCUGGCUCCCACGUGGAGGGAGUUUGCUAAGGAGAUGGAUGGAGUGAUCAGGAUAGGAGCAGUGAACUGUGGAGACAACAACAGACUGUGUCGCAGCAAAGGCAUCAACAGCUACCCCAGCCUCUACAUUUACAAAGCUGGAAUGAAUCCAGAGAAAUACUUUGGAGAUAGGGCCAAGGAGAGUUUGACUAAGUUUGGCAUGCAAUUUGUGAAGAGCAGAGUUACAGAGCUGUGGCAAGGCAAUGUCUUCACUGAGAUUGAGGCAGCAUUUUCAUCUGGAGUUGGAUGGCUGAUCACCUUCUGUGCUGACUCUGGAGACUGUCUAGAGUCACAGACGAGGCAAAAAUUAGCAGGAAUGUUGGAAGGUCUAGUGAACGUGGGCUGGAUGGACUGCUCAACACAGGCUGAGUUGUGUGACAGCUUUGAGGUGACCACCAGCACCACAGCCUUCUUCCCCCCCGGCAGUUCACUGAAGAACAAGGGCAGCGUGCUGUUCCUGCAGAGUUUGGAUACCAGAGAGAUCUAUGGAGAGGUGAUGCAGCAUCUGCCUGACCUGGAGGCUCUUACUAAGGAAACCUUCCAGAGUAAACUGGCCCAUCAUCGGUGGCUGGUCAGUUUUUCUUUCGGACAGAAGACCAUGGCAUCUCAUGAGUAUAAGAAGCUCAAGGCUCUUCUGAAGGCAGCCCACAUACAGGUGGGAAAGGUGGACUGCCUUACUGACUCAGAACUAUGUGUCUCCUUCUACAUUCAAAAGCCCUGUAUCGCUGUCUUCAAAGGCCUUGGGAUUCAUGACUUUGAGAUCCACCAUGGGAAGGAUGUGCUGUAUAACAUCAUAGCAUUUGCUAAGGAGAGUGUCAGCGCCCAUGUCACCACUCUGAGACCAGAGAACUUCCCCAGUGAUGGAAAGGAGCCCUGGCUAGUUGACUUCUUUGCUCCUUGGUGUCCUCCCUGUCGUGCUCUCCUCCCUGAGCUGCGGAAAGCCUCGAUCCAGCUGUUUGGUCAGAUGAAGUUCGGAACGCUGGACUGCACCGUGCACGAGAGACUCUGCAGUGUGUAUAAUAUCCAUGCCUACCCGACCACGGUAAUCUUUAACAAGUCCUCCAUCCAUGAGUACGAGGGACAUCACUCUGCUGACGGAAUCCUGGAGUUCAUACAGGACUUGGUCGACCCCACUGUGGUGACCAUGGACCCAGACAGCUUUGCAGAGCUGGUGAAGAGGAGAAAACACAGCGAGACCUGGAUGGUGGACUUCUAUGCCCCGUGGUGUGGGCCCUGUCAGGCCCUGCUGCCCGAGUGGAGGAGGAUGGCACGGGCGGUGACUGGUAUGAUAAAGGUGGGGACGGUAGACUGUCAGAAACACCACUCCUUCUGCCAAGGAGAGAGUGUCAGAGCCUACCCUGAGAUACGCCUCUACCCUCAGAACGCCAACCGACGAGACCUAUACCAGAGUUACAACGGCUGGCACAGAGAUGCUCACUCUCUCAAAGUCUGGGCUGUGGGUACUCUCCCAAGAGCAUCAGUGGAUCUGACUCCAGAUGACUUCAGGAACAAGGUAAUAGGAGGGAAGGAUCACUGGGUGGUGGACUUCUAUGCUCCGUGGUGUGGACCAUGUCAGCACUUUGCCCCAGAGUUCGAGGUCCUCGCUCGGAUGGUGAAAGGGAGUGUGAGGGCAGGGAAAGUAGACUGUCAGGCCCACUACCAGACCUGUCAGUCAGCUGGUAUCACAGCCUAUCCCAGCGUCCGAUUCUAUCCACACCUGGGCACCAAGAAGCGCGACCAGGGAGGGGAGCACGUCAACAGCCGGGAUGCUAACAACAUCGCAGACGUCCUCCACCAGAGGCUCCAGCAGUUAUCUCCAUGGUUACAGGGCAAGGCGGACAACUUCAAGGAUGAAUUGUGAGUUCAAGGGGGUCGAUUCCACUGAGAUGGUUUUCCUUAUGGAAACAUAAAGGAUGGACACACACACACACACACACACACACACACACUUAACAAACAAAAAGACUCUGAGAAGAGAUUUGUUUCUGCAAGGAGGAUUACUGCCAAGGAAAGAAGACGUUAUUGAAAGGUUACCUCAGUAUUGUCGUACUGUCAAAACAAACCUGUUUCUCAACUGAUUCAACGAUAAGGAAAGACUGACUCGCUGUCUUAGGUUUUACUAGUUCUAUAGGUGAAGUGUGUCCAUAUGGUAGGUGUCGACCUGCCUGAUAUCUGAAUGUACUGUCUGAUGUAGGUUGGGGACAAGACAUUUUAUGCCUAUAUUUAUGAUACAAAAUGGCAGUUUAUCAGUUUAUAAUGCGCCUGCCAAUGUCAAUGCUUCUUGUUGAUUCAACUUGAACCAUUUGAGUGUAGUGAACAGUGUUUUAUUCAUUCUGUGAAGUGACCACACUGUACUGGCUGUGUUGGUUGUAUUAUUAUUAUUAUGAUGAUACCAAUCUAUGUGUUUGUCUACUGAUAGUAGGGUUCAGUAUGCAACCUCUGUAUACAGUAAAACACACAAACACAAUUUAGAAAAGACAUCCUGUACACUGAAAACAAUUAACAGAACAUAUGUUACCAAUUCACUCCACAUCAUUCAUUAAUAUGUUACUGUUUGCCAUCACUGAAAUGUGAAUGGAAAUGGUUUGAUUAGUUGUGGGAUGAUGCAGUCUUGCAAAAGUUUUCUGUCAUACCAGAAAUGUGGGAAAUCUAGCACGGUUUUAUAUAAUGUCUUUGUAAUCUGGUAUUUUCAACUCAAAAUACAAUACUAUCUUUGGAUGAUGUUUGAUAGUAACUUAUGUGGGAACUUGUAGUCUUGAAAAUAAAACUACAAUGCUGAAUAGUGUCCCUUUAAGACACUCCUUCUUUUCCUUUCAAGUUGUUUUGCACGGACUCUUGUAUUGAGUAAAUAUCAUGUUUAAAAAAUAUAUAUACAGUGUA